GCAUAUUCUGAAAACAAUAAUUCUGGGCCAGAUGCUCUCCUUGUUUAUCUGUGGGACUGCUGUUACAAGCCAGUAUCUAGCAGAACAAUACCAAGUGAAUACUCCAAUGUUUCAAAGUUUUAUCAACUAUUCUUUGCUGCUUCUAGUUUAUACAACAAUGCUGGCAUUUAGGACUGGCAGUGACAGUCUUUGGCAAAUUUUGAAACAGAGGUGGUGGAAGUAUAUUUUUUUGGGACUGGCUGAUGUUGAAGCCAAUUACAUGAUUGUAAAAGCCUACCAAUACACGACCCUCACAAGUGUGCAGCUGCUGGACUGUUUCGGGAUUCCUGUGCUGAUGGCUUUGUCAUGGUUCAUUCUCCGUGCAAGAUACAGGCUGAUCCAUUUUCUUGCUGUUGCCGUCUGUUUGCUGGGUGUAGGAACAAUGGUGGGUGCGGACAUUUUGGCAGGGAGGCAGGACAGUGAAGGUAGUGACGUGGUGAUUGGAGAUGUCUUAGUGCUUCUUGGUGCUUCUUUGUAUGCCAUUUCUAAUGUGAGUGAGGAGUACAUUGUGAAAAAUCUGAGCAGAGUGGAGUUUCUAGGAAUGGUGGGCUUGUUUGGGACUAUUAUCAGCGGUCUACAGCUAGCCAUUGUGGAACAUAGGGAGAUAAUGAGAAUUCAGUGGAACUGGAAAAUUGCAUUACUGUUCACAGUCUUUGCCCUGUGUAUGUUUGGGCUGUAUAGCUUCAUGCCAGUAGUGAUUAAAGUUACCAGCGCAACCUCAGUCAACCUGGGUAUUCUGACUGCGGAUCUCUACAGUCUGUUCUUUGGGCUUUUCCUCUUUUUCUAUAAGUUUUCAGGUCUUUACAUCCUGUCCUUCGUUAUCAUCAUGGUGGGCUUCAUCUUGUAUUGCUCCACUCCAACUCGGACAGCAGAACCCACUGCCUUGCCACAGCCCGGCAGCACUGGCUUGGACAACGCUGCACUAAAGCUCGAGGAGAAUGACAGUGAAACUCCAGCCAUAACUGUACAGUUCACAAGAGGAGAAGCUGUGGUGGUCAGCACUGAUUAAAGAAAUGGCAACGUUUCAACAUAGAACUUUUUUUUAUUUUACUGCCAAAUUUCCCUCAAAUAUUAAUCUGGAGAAUUGUUCUACUGCCAAGGCAUAUGU